AUGGAUGUGGAUGAGGAGGAUUUCGUGUUCUACGGUACGCCGAUUGAGCGCGAGGAAGACAUCACCACUCGGAAGAAGAAGGCCGUGGCUGAAGCCUCCGGUCAGUUGCGGAGCGUUGUUCCUUGGAAGCAGGAGGUGAGAGAUGAGGAAGGCAGGCGGAGGUUUCAUGGGGCCUUUACUGGUGGAUAUUCUGCUGGAUACUAUAAUACAGUUGGUUCUAAAGAGGGAUGGACUCCACAGUCUUUCACAUCUUCUCGGAAGAACAGAGCUGAAAUUAAGCGACAGGACAUUAUGAACUUUUUGGAUGACGAUGAGAAAGAGGAGCUGGACAACCGUUCCCUUGCUACAUCUACACAGUUUGACACUUUUGGAUUCACUGCAGCAGAACUUGCUCGACAACAAGUUGAGAAGGAAACCAAAAAAAGGCCAUCAGCCAUUCCUGGACCUAUUCCUGAUGAAUUAAUAGUUCCCGCCACAGAAUCUAUUGGUGUCAAAUUGCUGCUGAAGAUGGGAUGGAGGCGUGGUCGUUCUAUUAAGGAUUCAAGUGCCACUUUACUUAAAGAUAAAGAAGCUAGGAAAAAUUUUGUUGCAUCUUCAGCUGACAAUAAAUCUGCAAAGAGCGCAGAUUCUGAGCUGGUUGAAAAUGACACAGAGGCUUGUUCGUAUUCACCAACUGAUGAUGGUGGUAUCCCAAAAAGUACACCUGUGUAUGUCAUCAAUCCAAAGCAAGACUUGCAUGGUCUGGGUUAUGAUCCUUACAAGCAUGCUCCUGAGUUUAGGGAAAGGAAAAGAGCACGGAUGCUUGGGACUAAGGAGACAAAUCCACAGAAACCUUUUUCAGUGGGUGAUGGUCUUUUUGGUUUCAAAUCAGGAAGGAUUGCUCCUGGUUUUGGCAUUGGCGCUCUCGAAGAUCUUGAUGUAGAAGAUGAAGAUGUAUAUGCACCAGGUUAUGACUUUGAAGAAUUCCAAAUCAAGGAAAUUGAAGAACCUUCAAGACCAAUGAUUGAGAAUGUGAAAUUAUUGGGUAAUAAGGAAAGUGGUUUCUUGUCUGGUUUUAAGCCUGCAUCAAAUUCUGAUUACCAGUUGGAAAGAUAUGGACCACCAGAUAUUCCGAAAAAUUUUGUCCCUCGUCAUAAAUUCACCGCCCCACUGGAUGUUGGCAAUAAAUUGAGUGGGGCAAUGCCACCCGAAGUUCCUCCUCCGGAGGAUAACAGUCUCAGACUCCUAAUUGAUGGAAUGGCAACUUUAGUAGCUCGUUGUGGGUUAUUGUUUGAGGACCUUUCUCGGCAGAAGAAUCAAUCAAACCCAUUGUUCUCGUUCUUGUUUGGUGGAAAUGGUCAAGAUUAUUAUGAGAGGAAGCUCUGGGAGGAGCGGCAGAAACACAAAGAUAGGAAUACAUUGCAGUUGAAUGAGCAAAAGUUUCAAAGUGCAGAGAAGAUGACUGCGGAAAAUCGUGGCAGAAUUCUGGGUGAAAAGCCUCUCGAAAGAAGCCUCAAAAAUUCAGCUACAUCUUCUAGUUCUGCGGACAAUGUCAAUCUUCAAUUUCACCUCUCCGAUACAUUCACCACUCCUAUCUCAUUUUCUGGACCAGCUGAAGUUGUAAAACCUUUCCAAGAGGACCCUGCAAAGCAGGAAAGGUUUGAGCAGUUCUUGAAAGAGAAGUAUCACGGAGGUCUUCGCUCUAAAGAUGUUGGUGGAUCAAGUAAGAUGUCAGAAGCUUCCCGUGCUCGUGAGAGGUUGGAGUUUGAAGCUGCAGCCGAGGCAAUGGAGAAAGGUAAAAGGGUGAGUGAAAAUAAGGACCCUAGUCGGUUGUUUGGAGAUGUGCUGCCGACUACAGGUUUGCAGUUCACUUCUGGUGUACUGGAGCAAGUCAAGAUUGGUAAAGAAGAAUUGGUCAAAGAAUCAAAGCUUCCAAAGAGAGAGGAGUACCCGUGGAGGCCAUCAUCUCUUCUAUGCAAGCGCUUUGAUUUAACUGAUCCUUAUAUGGGGAAGCCGCCUCCACCUCCACGACCUAGGAGCAAAAUGGAUGCUCUUAUCUUGAUGCCAGAUCCUGUUGCAGCUGCGGUAGUAGAACAUCAGAUGAUGCCAGUUGGGAACCAAUCAUCUAGUUUGCAGGCAGGCACUGGGGAUAAAGCCGAAGGCUUUGUUACCGAAGAUAUUAAGGUGGAUGCUGAAAAUAUAGAGAGGCCUGUUGAUCUCUAUAAGGCUAUAUUUUCUGAUGACUCUGAUGCUGAGGAUGAAAAUAAUAAUCCAGCAGUCCCGGGAGAGGAUCCGGAAGAGAAGAUGGAAGUUGCGAAUAAAACUCUGAAUCGCUUGAUAGCUGGGGACUUCUUGGAAUCCUUGGGUAAAGAGUUAGGUCUUGAGGUUCCUCCUGAUGUACCUUACCCAGAAAAUAGAGAUAGGGGAAUGCCUUCUGGGAAGGACAGUAAAAUUGCUUACAAGGGAGGCAAGGACAUGGAGCAAAGAGUAAAUGAUCGCUCUUCUGACAGCGCUGGUGGUGGAAAUUUGAUGGUCUCAGAAAUGCGUCAAACAGGUCACGAGGGCAUGAUUCAUUGGAUAGGGAGAUCUAAUCCCGAAACAAGCAAUCCUGCUAAUGGUAGAAAAAUGGCUGAGGCUGGUAUCCUUGAGAGAAGUGGAGAUGAGAACAUUGAACCUGCUGCAACUAAAGAGGAGAAGAAAACUAAAUCUGCCACUCAUCAGCACAAUAAUUCGGGCAGUGACUCCUCAGAAGAUGAAAGAAGCAGAAAACGUAGUCAUCAUAGGCGCCGGAGAAGCUAUUCAGAUAGUGAAUCAUCUGAUUCUUCUGAUGAUUCGCGACGCCGUUCAAGGUCCGAAGGAAAGAGGAAGAGAUCAUCCCGUGAGAAGAGUAGCAGUCGAAGACAUUCAAAGCACCAUAAACACAGACAUAGAACAUCUUCCAAGAGAAACUCUCAUUAUGGUUCUGACAAAGAGCAUCGAAAAGCCAAAGACAGAAGCAGAUACAAGGACUGA